AUGCCACAGCUCAGUCAGACCACAGGGGAGUGGAUGGGAAGAGGUUCUGGACAGGAGCAGUGCAUGGCCAUGUGCACCCCACACCACACCAACUCCCCACCCCGCACCAACUCCCCACUCCAACACCCACACCCCACACCAACACCCACACCCCACUUCACACCAACACCCACACCCCACCCCACACCAACUCCCCACCCCGCACCAACUUCCCACACCAACACCCACACCCCACUUCACACCAACACCCACACCCCACACCAACACCAACUCCCAACACCCCUCCACACCAACACCAACUCCCAACACCCCUCCACACCUCACACCAACUCCCAACACCAACACUCACACCAACACCCCUCCCCACCCCACACCAACACCCACACUCCACCCCACACCAACACCCACACCAACUCCCAACACCCCUCCCCCUCCACACCCUCCCACACCAACACCAACUCCCCACCCCACACCAACACCAACUCCCACCAUCACUCACACCAACACCCCUCCCCACCCCACACCAACACCAACUCCCAACACCACUCCCCACCCCACACCAACACCCACACCAACUCCCAACACCCCUCCACACCUCACACCAACACCAACUCCCAACACCAUCACUCACACCAACACCCCUCCCCACCCCACACCAACACCAACUCCCAACACCACUCCCCACCCCACACCAACACCCACACCAACACCAACACCCACACUCCACCCCACACCAACACCAACUCCCAACACCCCUCCACACCCCACAACAACACCAACUCCCCUCCCCAGACCCACACCCAUCUCCAUGUAUUAAACAGCAGGAUUUGA